GGAGCCCGAGUCUUGGCCAUAAAGCCAGAGGCGGCGGCGGCGGCGGCGUUGGAGGCUUGGAGCGAGUCGAGGAGUCGGCUGGACCCGGAACUUGGAGUUGCCCCGUGCCCCGGCCUCCCUAGCAUCCCCUCUUCGGCGGCAGCCAUCGCGACGCGCCCGGCCAGGAGCCCCAAGCGGAGCGGCCGCGUUUGAAGGAUGACCUCUAGGAAGAAAGUGUUGCUGAAGGUUAUCAUCCUGGGAGAUUCUGGAGUUGGUAAGACAUCACUCAUGAACCAGUAUGUGAACAAGAAAUUCAGUAAUCAGUACAAAGCCACAAUAGGAGCAGACUUUCUGACAAAGGAGGUGAUGGUGGAUGACAGACUAGUUACUAUGCAGAUCUGGGACACAGCAGGACAGGAACGGUUCCAGUCUCUUGGCGUGGCCUUCUACAGAGGUGCAGACUGCUGCGUCCUGGUGUUUGACGUGACUGCCCCCAAUACCUUCAAAACCCUUGAUAGUUGGAGGGAUGAGUUUCUCAUUCAGGCCAGUCCCCGUGAUCCGGAAAACUUCCCCUUCGUUGUGUUGGGAAACAAGAUUGACCUCGAAAACAGACAAGUGGCCACAAAGCGGGCACAGGCCUGGUGCUACAGCAAAAACAACAUUCCCUACUUUGAGACCAGUGCCAAGGAGGCCAUCAACGUGGAGCAAGCGUUUCAGACGAUUGCACGGAAUGCACUUAAACAGGAAACGGAGGUGGAGCUGUACAAUGAAUUCCCUGAACCCAUCAAACUGGAUAAGAAUGACCGGGCCAAGGCCUCCACGGAGAGCUGCAGUUGCUGAAGGGGCAGUGAAAGCAGAGCACAGAGUCCUUCACAGACCAAGAACACACUUAGGCCUUCCAACACAAGUCCCUCUCCUCUUCCAAACAGAACAUAAAGUGAUCUCUCCUUUCCAGUUGCCAAAAGAAACCCCUCCACACAGCACACAUGCAGUGCACACACACAGACCUGACACAAGCAGACAGACUCCAGUCCAUACCCACGAUGGCUGCGUUGGGGUCUGUCCACCACGUCGGCCUGGCAUGCGGCAGGACAGCCCACUGUAGAAAUCGCUCUGGUGUGGAGUUGGCAUCAGAAGCUUAUUCUUUUUGUCCACUGGAGAGAGAGAACUGUUUACAGUUAAUCUGUGUCUGAUUAGUUACCUGAUUUUUUUAACGGUCUUGUGAUCUUUUUACCCCUUCCCCCGACCCC